AACACAAUUAUUUUCCAAAGAGCUUGGGAGGGAGCUAGAGAGAGAGAGAUGGAGAGAGAAUGUGAAAAGAAGAAGAAGCUAAUUAUAUUAUCAAAGUUCAAGAGAAUAUGUGUUUUCUGUGGGAGCAGCCCAGGAAACAAAACCUCAUAUAAGGAAGCUGCCAUCGAUCUUGCAACCCAACUGGUAUCAAGGAAUAUAGAUCUUGUGUAUGGAGGAGGAAGCAUUGGCUUAAUGGGUUCCAUUUCCCAAGCUGUCUACGACGGCGGCUGCCAUGUUCUUGGAAUUAUUCCCAAGACACUCAUGCUUAGAGAGAUAACUGGAGAAACAAUUGGAGAAGUGAAAGCAGUAGAAGAUAUGCACCAAAGAAAAGCAGAAAUGGCUAAACAUUCUGAUGCCUUUAUUGCCUUGCCUGGUGGUUAUGGGACUCUUGAAGAGCUCCUUGAAGUCAUAACCUGGGCUCAACUUGGCAUUCAUCAUAAACCAAUUGGGCUUUUAAAUGUGGAUGGUUACUACAACUCUCUGUUAUCAUUCAUAGACAAAGCAGUAGAAGAAGGAUUCAUCAGUCCAACCGCCCGUCAUAUCAUUGUUUCUUCUCCAACCGCUACUGAUUUAGUUAAUAAGUUGGAGGAAUACUCACCCAUGCCUGAAGCAGAAGGGGUUCCAGUCCCCAAGCUAGACUGGAAUCAGAUGCAAGAACAACAAGUAGUAUGUCCACCUAAAUUCUGAUGCCAUAUUAAUUAAUUAAAACAAUGGAAUUAAUUAAUAAUUCAAGUUCAUUUAAAAUGUGAUUGAAUUUUACUAUUCAUUUUUUAUACCCUACAU